CCAAGAGUUACUUUAUACUGUUGUAUGCUGACUAAAGUACAGUGUGUGGAAGAAAGCAAUGAAACUAAGCAACAGACAAAUGGCGUGAAAAUAAGCGAGAAAAUGAAGAAGUUGUUGUAUCUUCAUGGCCAGUCACAGAAACAGCUUGAUCAUAUGUUUACACUUCGCAAUGUUCUGAAAAAACAGUUCCUGAAUACCUUAGGUGUCAGACUUACAGAGAGUAUAUUUACCAAGGUACUCAUACAUAUAUGGUUGAAUGAGGAAGACCAGAUAAAUGAGCAUCCACAGAGAAUGCUGAUUGAUGAGUUCCUUAAUACACCACAUAAAUGUCCUCUUAUUGGAGGUGAUAUGGUAAUUGAUGAGUUCCUUAAUACACCACAUAAAUGUCCUCUUAUUGGAGGUGAUACGGUGACUGGAAUGUUUACAACUGUUGCUGAUUUAAAAAACAGCAUACCAGAGGUUUCAACUGAUGAAAUGGAAUGGAAAUAUUCUAAGCAGAUAUCUCAACAGGUACUUGUUGGUAUUAUAGAUGUGAGUAACAGUACUGGACAGAUUGUUCUUUAUGAUGAUACUGGAAGUAUUGACUUUGUAACUUGUUGUUACCAUGAUAGAAUAAAUGAACCCUGUUCUCAUUUAUGUGAAGGACCAUGUGAUUGUAAUAAUAUUGAAAUUGGUGACACAUUUUUAUGUCCCUAUGUGCACACAUGUUGUGUGGGUAAAAUAGUGGCUCUUAAAAUGUAUCAAAUAAUUUGUGAAACCAUGGUAACCAGUAAUGGAGAAAACUUUAAAUUUUUAAGUAGAACAGAAAGGUCAAGGUCAGAUGCUUGUGACAAGUAUUUGGUUGUAGAUAUGAAAAAUGUUGUGUAUAUAGGGAACAAUCCUGAAGUAGGUCCUUCAAAAAGUGAACAGAAAGUUAGUAAUGGUGUCAAAGAACUGAGUGCAAUGAGGGAAGAAAAUGCUAAUAUAAAACUGGUGUGUCACUCUGAACAAGAUAUUUAUUGUGGACGUGAAUCUUUGAGUUCAGAUCAUGUAAAGUGUAAAAAUGAACAGACUGACGGAGUCACAAGUGUCAAAAUAAAUACUGAGUUAUCAAAGUCUGAAAUUUCUUUAGAUUUCAAAAAGUCAAGCUUACAUAAACAUGUGAAGAAAGAUGGAAGUAUAGUGUUCUGUAGGAAGGUGGAAUGUUGUGAUAAAAGCUCUAUGAUUCUUAACAGAAAUAAUCUAGAUCCCUCGUUAUGUGAUGGUAAUUCAAAUGGAGGUAUAAUUUCAGAAAUCAAUGUGCUUAACGAAUAUGAUGAAAAUCAUCCUCUCAGUUCAGGAAGUGAGACUGUAAAGACAAACAACUUGCCAUUUAAACUUGGCAAAUCAGCAUUUAAAGUAAAACCUAUAUCCAACAGAAAGAGAGCUUUUGUUGGAAAUCAUUCAGGUAUCAAAAGUGAUUCUGUUUCAAAUAAAAUGCCAAGAAUUGAUGAUGGUAAACUUUUAGAUAAGGGUAACGUAAGAGACAACAGGGAGGUAGAACAUGAAUAUAUGAGAGGAAACUUGCAUGGUAACCAUAGUGAUAGCAGUGAUGAUAGAUAUAACCAUGACUCUAGCCAUGUAACUAUCUACAUAGAGAAUAAGGGAAGUUUAAUGUGUGCAGAUGGGCAAAGAAGAUUUAAUGUAGACUGUGCAAUCAUCAACAGGCCAGAACUGGAAAAGGUUAUCCUUGAGUUCUCAGGUAAAUCAAUAAAAUGGUACCCGUUAUUGUAUAUUGGAACUAUUUACAUUCUGUCUACACAUGGGGAACCAGUUCUCUCUGUCUCAUUGUCACAUGAUAAACUGAAAAAAAUGUUGCUGAAAAACAAGUCAAGAAGAUGCCUUACAGUCAAUGAGAAUGUAUGUAUUACGAGGCAGUGGAAUAAUUCACCUCAGUCUGACACAUUGUCAUCACCCUGUCUUGUUUCUUUACAAGAUAUUCUAAAACCAGAGUUCACAGAAAAGUUUGUCAGUUUUGAAGGUCAGAUUAUCAGCAGAACUUUUGUUAAACCAGGAAUUGCUCAAAAAUCUAUGUCGAAAGAUUUAAAUAGUGGCUAUAUAUAUUCAAGACUACAUGUCCAGGAUGUCAACGGGAGUGAAGAUAUCUGGGUGUAUUUAAAUGACAGAAACAUUGUAUGUGAGAAGGGUUUAACUCCAGGUUACAUGGUCAGAUUUUAUGGUUUGGAGAGGAAGUUAUCUCAAUUAAAUAACAUUUACACUAGACUGGUUCCCUUGUCAUGUGUACAGAUACUGUUUUCACAGUCGGAAAGGGGUGAAGCUAGAAAUGAAUUAGAUGUUGGACUAACUGAUACAAAGAAACAGUUUCCAGUACUGUCUUUGGUUGAUUUGUGGACGACUUCGACUCCUGGUCAAGUGUUUCAGUGUGUCUGUGAUAUUGAGAAGAUUCUGAAAGUGUCUUUGAAGUGUGUAUGUGAGAUAUGUGGUAGUCUAGUGGUUCACUCACAAUGUACAAACACUGCAUGUAGUAGGGGAGAAUCUUACAGGUUCCUGGCAAGAGCAAGUGCAAUAGUAGAUGACAGUACAUCUGUUGCUAUGGUAACAUUAACAGGAAGUAGUGUACAGAGCAUGCUCCAGUUAUCACAUGAUCAAUGGAAAUGUCUAGAAGAAGAAGUCAGUAAAACUGGGGAAGUGUUUGUGCAACAGUUUAAUCCCAGCUUGACCACAUGUUUAGAGAGGUUUGUGUAUAGGCUAUGCGAUAACCAUUCUGUGAAACAAACAUGGCUUCUGACAAUGAGGUCAAGGUCAUCUCUGGAUAUUAACAAAAUAGGUCAUGAUGAGUUUUGUAUGAAGACUUUUGAUACUGGAUCAUCAAAGAUAUCAACACAAUGUUUACCAUUUCUACAUUUAGAAUGUAUCACCAUGUCUACAUUUGAACCACUGACAUGGGCCAUACAUCACCUCAAUAUAAAAUCAUAAUAUGCUCAAGACAUUCCACUAAAAUAUCAUGUUUAU